AAAAAAAAAAACACGCACACACACUUUUUUUUUUACCACAAUCUAAAUAAAUAUUCAUAUACAAAUAUUAUAUUAGUUUUAAUAUGCCUGUUGCUAAGAUUUCACCUUCUAUGCUUUCUUGUGACUUUGCCAAUUUGGCUUGUGAAGCUAAGCGUAUGAGUAAGAAUGGUGCUGAUUGGCUUCAUCUUGAUGUCAUGGAUGGUCAUUUUGUUCCUAAUCUUACUAUGGGUGCACCCAUCAUUUCUGCCAUUCGUCCUCAUACAGAGGCGUAUUUCGAUUGUCAUAUGAUGGUCUCUAACCCUUCACAAUGGGUGAAUGAUAUUGCUAAAGCAGGUGGCCAAAUGUAUACUUUUCAUAUUGAAGCCACUCAAGACCCUAUUGGACUUAUUAAGCAAAUCCAUGAAGCAGGUAUGCAAGCAGGUGUUGCGAUUAAACCUGGUACUCCAAUUGAAGCUGUUGUUGGUGAAGUUGCUGAACUCUGUGAUAUGAUUUUGGUCAUGACUGUUGAACCUGGUUUUGGUGGUCAACGUUUCAUGGCUCAAUGCAUGCCCAAGGUGGAAGCAUUACGCCGUAUGUAUCCUAAACUGGAUAUUGAAGUGGAUGGAGGUCUUUCGCUCGAGACCAUUGAUGCCUCAGCUGAUGCUGGUGCCAAUGUGAUCGUUGCAGGUACUGGUAUAUUUAAGGCCGAAAAACCUGAUGAAGUAAUUGCUGUUUUUAAAGAAAAGGUCAAUAAGGCACAACAAACAAAAUUUGCUGCAUAAACAAUUUUUUUUUGAAGUCCUUAUACAUGUAUCAAAAUAUUAUCUUUUUUUUUGAGAGAGAGAGAGAAAGAAAGAAAGAAAGAAAGAG